AGUGUGAGGGUGGUGUGCGCAACUCGACCGUCAGGUGUCAGUGAGGCUGCUGUUCCGGGGUGUAAGCGACCGCUCUCCCUUCACACCAACAACCUCGCCAAAAUGGUUAAGGUCAAGUGUAGUGACUUGCGUAGCAAGAAGAAGGAUGAGCUGCUGAAGCAGCUGGAGGAGCUCAAACAAGAACUGUCUGGUCUGCGAGUGGCCAAGGUGACUGGCGGAGCUGCAUCCAAGCUCUCCAAAAUCCGUGUUGUGCGCAAGUCAAUUGCACGUGUCAUGAUUGUCAUCAACCAGAAGACGAAAGAGAAUCUUAGGAAAUUCUAUAAGAACAAGAAAUUUAAGCCUUUGGAUCUGCGCCCAAAGAAGACCCGUGCUAUCAGACGUGCUUUAACCAAGAGGGAGCUUGAAAUUCUUACUCCAAAGGAGUCCAAAAGGCAAUGGAAUUUCCCUAAGAGGAAGUAUGCUGUUAAGGCUUAAAUAAAAUUGCAACAUUA